AUGGCGAAUCCAGAAACCAAGCUAGCCGUGCUCAUCGACGCCGACAAUGCCCAGUAUCGCACGUUCCAGGCGUUGCUGGCAGAGAUUGCCAAAUACGGAACCGCACAUGUGAAGCGUGCUUAUGGUGAUUGGACUGAGGCACAGCUGAAUGGCUGGAAAUCCCAACUCCUUAAACACUCCAUCCAGCCCAUUCAGCAGUUUGCCUACACGACAGGUAAAAACUCGACCGAUUCUGCCCUCAUCAUUGAUGCUAUGGACCUAUUGUACUCUCACCAGUUCGACGGCUUCUGUCUGGUGUCGAGCGACAGCGACUUUACUCGCCUCGCCUCACGCAUCCGUGAAGCAGGAUUGCUCGUCUACGGAUUUGGGCACCAAAAGACGCCAGAGGCGUUCAGAGUGGCCUGUGACCGCUUCAUCUUUGUUGAAAACAUAUCACCACAAGAUGAGCCCAAGGCCGAGUCAAGUCGACCGCAGCCAGACUCCAGCAAAGCCCCGGGACAGAAGAAGCAAUUCGCAAAAUGGCUCGGACAGACGGUUGAGGCAGUCUCUGCAGAAGACGGAUGGGCUUACCUCCCUGACGUGGGCAAUCAUCUCUCCCAGAAGCACCCAGACUUUGACUCCAGGACGUAUGGAUGCGCCAAGCUCAGCACACUGGUCAAGACCGUGCCAGGCUACGAAGUAGCCCAGUUUGCCCCCAAGGGCAAGGGGCCAAACACGCGUAUACGCCGCCAUAAAGACCCUGCGCCUGGCAUCACCACCAAAGUUACCUAA